CCGACUCCUCAGAGUGACUCGUUCGCCGGUAGACUCGUGUUGUGUUUAGUUCGAUCUGCUGCUGCUCUGCCCUGUUUAUGAUUAAUAAUCGUUAUUAUUUAAUUAAUCGAUCAAAUGUUAACUUUAUAAGUCGCACAGAAGAGCUCGAGAUGCUUCAUUUGAGAGUCUUUUAAGGUGAGGUGUGCGUGUGGAUCCUCAGCAGCGCGCAUGCUCGAGUUCUGGACUGUGUAUGUUGAUAUUCCCGCGGUGAUGAUGGCAGAUGAGCUCUUACAUCUGUGUGAUGUGGACAGUCUGAGUGCAGACAUGCAGAAGAGAGAACAGCAGGAGUUUACAGCGAGCAGGAGGAUUUACAGCCGAGCGAGGAGGAGGGUGUUCGCUCAGUUCGUGGCAUCGAAGCAGGCUCCUGCGUCCAGCGGCUCGGGGUGUGUGUGGCUCUGCUGCGGACACACACACACUGAUCCCGCUUCCAUACACAGACACGCGUCCAGCAGCCACAGCGCAGAGAUCCACCAGCUGACCAGCGACUCACUGAAGCUUCAGAAGACUCACGGCGACUCACUGAAUCAUCAGACUCUCAGCGACUCAGUGAAUCAUCAGACUCUCAGCGACUCAGUGAAUCAUCAAAACACUGACGGUGACUCGGCGAGUGUGUGUGCUGCAGCAGGAGUGUGUGUUGCUGGAUCAGCAGACGUGUCCUCCUGGAUGCCAGACAUGAGCCACGUCUCAGAACAUGAGCUGAGCAGCGGUGAGGGUGUGGUGCUGCUCUUCUACUGCUACUGUCUCCUCCCGGACCCGCAGCUCAUCUCCCGCUGGCAGCAGCAGCUCUGCACAACACUGCGCCUCACAGGCAAGGUUCGAGUGGCGACCGAAGGAAUAAAUGGUACAGUGGGCGGAACCGCAACCGGCGCUGAGCUCUACAUACAGACGAUGCUCCGACAUCCAGCGUUCAGCAGCAUGCAGACGGAGGACUUCAAGAGAAGUGCCGGUGGUGCGCAGUGUUUCUCCGGCCUGAAGGUUGGUGUACACCGAGAGAUCGUGCCGAUGGGUGUGGAUCCAGAGCUCGUCUCCUACAGAUCCGCCGGGAUCCACCUGGAGCCGCAGGAGUUCCACCGGGAGGUGCAGGCGCUGGUGGAGAGCCCGGAGCUGCAGGCCGACACCAUACUGCUGGACUGCAGGAACUUCUACGAGAGCAAAAUUGGUCAGUUCAGCUGCUGUGUGGCUCCAGAUAUCCGCAAGUUCAGCUACUUCCCUGAUUACGUGGACCAGAACCUGGAUCUGUUUCGGGACAAGAGGGUUCUGAUGUACUGCACCGGCGGCAUCCGCUGCGAACGCGGCUCUGCGUACCUGCGCUCCAAGCGCGUCUGUAAGGAGGUGUACCAGCUGAAGGGAGGUGUUCAUAAGUACCUGGAGCAGUUCCCUGACGGAUUCUACCGCGGUAAACUCUUCGUGUUCGACGAGCGCUACGCCAUCGCCUACAACCAGGACGUCAUCUCAGUGUGUCGGUACUGCUCUCAGCCGUGGGAUCAGUACGUGCGCUGCUCUACAGGUGUGUGUGGUCAGCUGCUGCUGUCGUGUGUGUCCUGCCGUGUGUGGUCUGACCGCCUGCUGUGAAGAGUGUCAGGAGUCCAGCCGAGAGCAGUGCCAGUGCACCCGGAGCCGGCCGCGCAUACCCACACACACACACACACACACUGCUCAGAACAGUCAAUAAAUCACACACACACACACACACACUGCUCAGAACAGUCAGUAGAUCUCACACACACACACACACACACGCACACACACACACACUGCUCAGAACAGUCAGUAGAUCAACAAUCAUGACACACACACACACACACACACACACACACACACACACACUGCUCAGAACACUCAAAUCAACAAUCAUGAUACACACACACUCAAUAAAUGUGCAGUCAUGAUCCUC